AUGGCUGUAGUAUUUGGCUCAAUUCCUGCAAAUCUACCAGUUCUCACAGGAAAGAACUAUGAAAAUUGGAAGAUUCAGAUCAGGGUGGUGAUGCGAUUCCAAGGGGUUUGGGAGUUCGUAGAAGAAGGUUAUAUACCUGUGGGAGAGAGAGCAAGAGAUCAACAAAAGGAUGUUGAUAGAGAAAAAGAAAAGAAAGAUUGCAAGGCACUUUUUAUUUUGCACCAAAGUGUAGAUGCUGCUAACUUUGAAAAGAUAGCAAUGGCUCAAACCUCCAAAGAAGCAUGGGACAUUCUACAAAAAUCUCAUGAAGGAGCCACAAAAACCAAGAAGAUCAAGCUGCAAACUCUAAGGAGACAAUAUGAACUACUACAAAUGGAAAAGAAUGAAUCAGUUGCUGAGUACAUCACAAAAGUGCAGACAGUGGUGAAUUCAAUGAAGGGCUAUGGAGAAAAGAUAACUGUGCAAUCAGUUGUAGAGAAGGUGCUUAGAACCAUGCCACCUAAGUUCGACCAUAUUGUGGUAGCCAUCGAGGAAUCCAAAAAUCUUGAAGAGCUUAGCCUAGAGGAAUUGCAAGGAUCUUUGGAAUCUCAUGAACAGAGAAUGAAUGAAAGGAUAAAUGAGAAGAAAAGUGAACAAGCCUUGCAAGCACGGUCUAAUCCAAAUAAGCAUGGUGAUAGAUGGAAGAAAGAGAAAACUGAAGCAAAGAGCAAUAAAUGGAGGGGAAAUGUGAUAAGGACCACAAGAAAGGAGGGGGAUCCAAUUCCCAAAACUCUUCAAAUAGAAAGAAGAUCGACAAAAGAAGUAUUCAAUGCUUUAACUGUCAAAAGUUUGGGCAUUUUGCCGAUGAGUGUUAUAGCAAACCCAAUAACAAAAGAGAACCUAAAGGUGAUGAUGCAAAAUUGGCUCAAGAAGAAGAUGAUGACACUGAACAGGUACUGCUAA